AUGGAGAUAAAAUUAGACCAUGCUACUGCUAAUCGCAUCUACGAUGAUUUCGAGCCAAUCUCAAAUUGGAAAACUGAACAAGGCUUCGAAUCUCUCACUGUUUACCUUCCAGGGUUUCGAAAAGAGCAACUGAAGGUGCAAGUAACCACAACAAGGAAGCUGCGAGUAAUGGGAGAACGUCCUACAGGACCUAACAAAUGGAUACGUUUCCGGAAGGAGUUUCCUAUUCGAUCAAAUAUUGACGUUGAUUCCAUCGCAGCCAAAUUUGAAGGCACAAAUCUUGUUGUGAAGCUCCACAUACCCGAGCCCCUAGGCAAACAAACUUCACCUAGUGGUACAACCACAAAACCUCCUAUAGUUCCAAAGGAAACUGAGAAGGUUCAAUCGCCAAAGCCAGAAAGGGAAAACGAAGCGGAACUAGAGAAGGCUCAAUUGCAAAAGCCAACAAGUGAGGAAGACGCAAAAAAGGAUGGGAAAGAAGAAGGUCUCAAAGGUGCUGAGAAGAAAAAGGAUUGUGAUGGAAUACUUAACCAAGAUUAUAGAUACAAAGUGAAUGCAUACAAGGAGAAUCUAGGAGGAUAUGUGGCAUUGAUGAAGAAUAACACGACAGCAAUUACAGCUGGUAUGGUUGCUCCUGCGGCUGCAGUUCUCUUGUUGUCUCUUGGAUUCUAUGCCGGUCGAGUGUUUACUUCGUAUAAUUAA